GAACAAGAUAGCAUAAAGAUGACUAGAUGUUAGUCAACUCUGGAUAGGAGCAGUUCUCAUGCGCUGUAGGAAUUCUCCGACAAGGAUUUUCACUCCGAGUUGUUAUUCUAUUGUCCGCUAUCAGCUGUUGGGGAUUGCUGUCUUUGGUUUUCACCAGGACAUCACGUGGAGCUGAAGCAGCUCAUAUGACAGCCUGAGUUAUGGAGGUGGUGAUCAAUGACGGUUCUGUACCUCCCUAUUACAGGGAGGUGUAUGAGGCUAUAUGCUGUAAGCAGGAGGAUCGUGUGCAAACGGAUGUGUUUCAGAGGUUGCUGAGCAAGACAGACCUGCCAGUCGCAGUACAGAAUCAGAUUGCAGAACAUGUGGACUGUAAGGAGGGUUUCCUGUCCAAGCUGACACUGUACAAAGCCUUGGCCCUGAUUGCGCUGGCUCAGCAAGGGAAGCACCCAAGUACCAAGGUCCUGGAAAACUUCACCCAAGAGUUUCCAAAGCCCAGUCUGGGAGAUCUGCAAGCACUUCGAAUGCAGCCGCCCUCCGGAAACCCUCUCCUCCUCUCACAGACCCUGGCAGAGCUGCUGGAUAUCGAUACCGUGCAGGUGGCGCUCAUUCCUGAGAAGAAAGGGCUUUUUCUCAAACACGUGGAAUAUGAGAUCACCAGUCAGCGUUUUCAAGCCUCGGUUUACCGUAGAUACAGUGAUUUUGAUGUGUUUCAUGAGCUUCUGCUGCAGAGGUUUGCCUACAGAAUGGUGCCAGCACUCCCACCCAAAAGGAUGCUAAAGGGAGUCUUGACAUCUACAACUGACCGGGAGUUUAUUGAGGGUCGGAGGAGAGCUCUCAGGCGUUUCAUUAACCUGGUGGCACGACACCCUUUCUUCUCAGAGGAUGGACUCAUAAAAAUCUUCUUGACUUUCAGUGGUUCAGAUGUACAAAACAAACUGCGUGAGUCAUUCAAGACAGCAGGGGAUGAAUUCAUGACAUGUAAAAUAGCAACACAGGCCAAGGAAUACCUUCCAGACGAUAUCCAAGCCAAGUUUUCUUCCAGCAGGGAGAUGAUCCGAAACGUCUUCAACAGCUUCCAGAAGCUGCGGGACCGGGCGGAGAGGAUGGCUGUGCGCUCAGUGGAGACCGCCACGGAUCUGCUGAUGUUUGGGAGGGAACUAAGUGCCCUUGGCUCAGACACCAUACCAGUGCAAUCCUGGGCUUCCACAAACAACAACACGUGGGGCACCAUGAGGCAGUCUCUGAAAGGACUCUCCGUGGAGUUUGCUCUACUGGCUGACAAUGCAGCACAACAGGGUAAAAGAGAGGAAGAAGACGUAGUGGAAAAACUGAAUCUCUUCCUGGAUUUAUUACAGUCAUAUAAAGAUUUAUGUGAACGGCAUGAGAAAGGCGUUCUGCAUGAUCACCAGCGUGCGCUCCAGAAAUACAGUCUGAUAAAGAGGCAGAUGAUGAGCGCCACUGUGCAGAGCAAGGAACAGGUGUCUGUGGACCAGUUGGAGUCCCGCAUUGUACAGCAAGAGAAUGCAAUUGUGACAAUGGAGCUUCGGAACUAUUUCUCCCUAUUCUGCCUUCACCAGGAGACCCAGCUGAUAUGCACAUACCUUCAGAUCACUGCCCAUAUUCUGGGAACCUUUGUCAACUCCCAGAUACAGGGGCACAGGGAGAUGAGUGUAGUUUGGAAUGACCUACAACCUAAGCUCGGCUGCUUGUUUGGGGCACCAAAUGGAAUGCCAUCUCCCCCACUGACACCACAGCAGGCCAACUGGAAGUCUCCCAACACCUUCUUCCCAAAUUAAUUGGUGAAGAAGGAGACACUGCACUCAUCAACAUUACUGUUUCCAGCAAAGAUUGCUUAGAAUACAAUGAGCCUCAUUAAUGCAACCGACAAGAUGCUGUUCUUUUAAGGACCAACACUAAGGAAACAUAGCGUAGAGGUCAAGUCUUGUAUCUAAAAUUGUACCCAAAUAUUGUUGAACUUAUAAAAUGUUAGUAUUAACGGGAAUACUCCUCCAGUUUGGGUAAACAGCCCAGCUCUAGUCUGUUGCACCUAAACUCUUGCAAGCUGACCGUGUUGGUAAAGCUUGGUGGUUUUAUUGGGAGUGUUGGGGACUUCCCAUGUCAUUGAAAGAUAAGUGAAGUCUAGGGAUAAAUAUGUAUGUUUUUUUAUUUGGCUUGCAGAUGUUGUUUGGUAUAUUUUAAGACCAGCAGGCGGUAGUGUUUUGCUGAAAAUGCCCUUUUUACAAAGGCUGCAAAGAGGAUCGAUAAACUAUACUAAAUUUGGUUGAUCUUGGAAGCACAAUUCAGUAAAUGUGUAUUUUUUUCUUAUCAGUUUACAUUUGGCGUAUCUUGAAAUGUUAACAAUAUUUCAAAAUGGAUUUUCAGUAUUUUUAUAUUAUUCCAAUUUACAAAUCAAAAUUACUAUGUCUUAGUUUCUAAUUGAAUACUAACAUGAAUACUUAAAAUGUUGUACUUAUAAGCCUAAAUUAGACGAGCAUACACUUGCACAAUAUUUUAUUUUCUUUGGGUUGCUGACAAACUAAGAUUUACACUAAUAACAUCACAGAAUUAUUUGGAAUACUCAGUACAAAGAUAUGUAUUCUUCCAAUUUAUGAUGAAUGACACUAAAGGGUUUUAAUGUUAAUAAAACACUCCUAAUUUUCAUAUUUUUAUCAGUGUAGAUUGUGCUAUAUGAGACACAAACUGUGAAGAGCUGCAUUUGAUGCAGACAUUUGAGCCUAGUGUUCAAGGAAUUGUAUGUUUAGCUGUUUAGUAAAAGAGACUAUUGUAUAGAAGACAUAUAGAAAAUGUUUAAGUAAAAUAUAAGUAUUUUGUUAUAACGUGGAUCUGUGCAAAGGGUGAUUUUGGGAACAAGGAUUAUCCUGCUAUAAAAAUAAAAAAUGCUCAGUUACUUUGUGAAUAUUAAUCUCUUUUGGGGUAGCACGCUGGCUAAAUGCCAAAGAUAGAAAUAUCAAUGCCAAAGAUAGAAAUAUCAGUACAUUAAUCCUGAUAUUUAGAGAUUUAAAGUAACUACGAGUCUGAUUAUCAAAGAAGCUGAAACAGAGCUGAGAUCUACACUUUACAAGUUGUUUUGCAUAAAGAAUUAAUUCAAUGGUGCAUUUACAUUGUUCAGAUCUUGGUGCCUUGAAUAUUCGCCAGGAAUGUGUCCGUUUGAAACUGAACACCUACAAAGAGUGAUUAAGUAAUAACUUUGUAUUAAAAAGCCAUAUGCCUCCAGUCAUUCGUUAGCUAUUGACCAAUGCUAAUUCCUGUAUGGGGGUGAAAGAAGUUGUAACAGGUGGACGUCAAUCUGUGUAAUUUUCGAUCUAAUCUAGCUGGAAAAGGCCUUAUGUAGCCUGUAACAGAUUACAGUUGAUACCAGCGUACUAGCUUCUGCUAUACAGUGUUUAAUGUUUGCUUUUGUUAUUCAGUUUAACAUGUUGCAAUGAAAAGGCAUAUUUUAGAAGGUCAUCUGACCACCUUACAGUUUAGGAGAAAAGUCUUUCUUUCAUUACUUAGAAUUACAAUUUUAAGUGCAUUCCUAAUUCAUACAAGAACAUGAUAAGAGGAAUAUAAAAUGAGUUUGUUUUUUUUUUUUUACCAUGUAAAUAGCUUACGUUUGAGCUGUAUAAUGCACACUGAUGUAAUUGUCAGAAAUUGAUGUAAAAAAUGUAAACUGUCACUUCUAAACAUUCAGUUAUACAAUUAAAUAUAUUACACUGUAUUUCAUGUUAUUCUCUUUCAAUUGCUUCACCCAAUGUAUGUACAGUAUUUGUAAUAACAAAUAUAUGUUCUGCCUUAAGAAACAUGGGGACUGAUGUGUUGCUUUUUGCUUGAGAUUUAUACAAAUUAAAUAAAAAAAGCCUAUUAAAACCAAGUUAGUGGUAUUACUGGAAU